AUGGAAUCAGAACUCAAAAAUGAGGAACAGAAAAAAAGAAACAAAAAAAAAAUCCUCCUGUGCGGCCUGGUCUCAGGCAUAGUUACGAAAACGUUAUUUGCCCCCAUGGACCGGAUAAAGCUUUUCUACCAGAUACAGCCAAUGUUUAACCAGUACUCAAAGGAGAAAAGCAAAGAUGAUUUAAAGGGCAAGAAGAAAAAACGCAUCAAGAGCAGGAGUUUGCUCCUAACCGGUGUAGACCAGUCGAGUAGCAUACAGAGCGGGAUGACAGAAUCGGUCUCAAAGAGGAAGAGAUAUGCUCACAACGAAAAUGUGCACUUGCGUAAUUUAAAAAACACCAUAAAUCAAAUAAUUCAUAAUAGUAUAAAAAAAAAAAAAAAAAAAAAAAUUAUCAACACGAGCGUAAAAUACGCUCAACUGUGCAGGCACUAUGAUCACGCAAAGUAUUCUUCUCCACACCAAGUUUUUAAAAAAAUUUUCCACACAUAUUAUCAAAAUAGGACAAACAUAAAUAACGCAAAUAAUAAUUACUCCCUUUUAAAUAUCAACACUAAUGUCAAACACGCCUUGAGAAGCAGAAGCAUCUUUUUCAGUAGGACAACACUCAGUCCUAGCCAUCCAGUCAAAUACCAAAGUAUUAUUCAAAGCUUUCUUUUUAUAAUAAAAGAAGAGGGCAUAUUGGGACUGUGGAAGGGAAACUUAAUCAACACCAUUCGAGGCGGAAUUGUCUAUUCAGCAAAAUUUGGAACAAACGAUUUGAUAAAAGAAAAAUAUAAAAAAAAAAAAAAAGAUGACAGCCCUGCAGUAGAGGUAUUCCCCAAAGGCUUACCCAAAAAAAAUGAUGCAAAAAGCAAUAGCCAAAAAAUGCAAAAAAACUUUAAUUAUUACGAAAGUGUAAUAGCUGGCUAUGCCUCAGGUAUAAUACAAAAGACGAUCUCAUAUCCCCUAGAUUUACUAAGCAUAAGAGUAGCCCUAGGAAUAAAUGAAAAAUAUUUGAGAAAUAACAGCUCUAUGUUUAAUAAAAAAAAAUCCAUCCUUGGUAUUAUUCGUGAAAUUAAUAGUAAUGAAGGAUUUGCAGGAUUUUUCAAAGGAUAUUUACCAACGCUAUUAACAGGGGUACCUUAUGUAACAUUACAAAUGUUAUUUUUCGACUUUUAUAAAAAUAUUUUUGAAAAUUAUUUUCCUCAUAAAUCAAAUUCCCUAAGUUCUGUGGCCAUGUACUCAUCCAUGGCCGGAUCGCUCAGCAACCUCUCCUCCUUAAUAAUUGUCUUCCCAGGGGACACCGUUCGAAAGAGAAUGAUGAACAAUGGAAUAGACAACAAAAAUUAUAUUUACAAAAAUACCAUUCAUUGUAUUAAAAAUAUUUAUCACUGCGAAGGGGUCAGAAAUUUCUACUACGGUUUGUUUCCCUCCAUGCUCAAGUCCAUCCCUUCGGGCGCUAUACAGUUCAUGUCCUACGAAAUUUUGAAGCAUAUGUUGUCGCAGGCCUGA